CACAGUGGUUAUGUAUGUUGCACCUUCAAACAUGUUUGGUAAGGUGUGUUUCUGGCCGGCUGUGACUGACUGCUGACCUCACAUUUUACAGGUGAGUUGCUUCAGGUGUGUGUGUGGCCAUGCUGCUAGCUCUGCUGGUGCGUCCAUCCCUCUGCCGCUCUCAGGUGUCGGUGCUGUUGCAGCGAUGCGUCCGGACGCUUCAGUGCGACAGUUCGAAGGCCCUUCACUCUCAGACUGAGCACUGCUUCCUGCGGCGGAGGCUUCCUCUGUUCCUCCACACUCAGAGCCGUGGCGCCAAGAGUCGAAAGAGGCAGAGCAGGAGCCAAGAGGAGGAGUGGAAAGCCAGGAACAAGACUGUGCUGACGUACAUUGUCGCUGCCGGGGUGGGAAUGAUCGGCCUGUCGUACGCUGCCGUGCCGCUCUACAGACUGUACUGCCAGGCGUCCGGGCUCGGUGGCACGGCGGUGGCCGGCCACGAUGCAGAGCUGGUGGAGUCAAUGACGCCGGUGAAGGAACGCAUCAUCAAGAUCCAGUUCAACGCCGACACGCACGCCAGCAUCCAGUGGAACUUCAGGCCACAGCAGACGGAGAUCUUUGUGGUUCCAGGUGAGACGGCGCUGGCCUUCUACAGAGCCAGAAACCCCACAGACAAACACAUCAUCGGCAUCUCCACCUACAACGUGGUGCCCUUUGACGCGGGACAAUACUUCAACAAGAUUCAGUGUUUCUGCUUCGAGGAGCAACGUCUGAACCCUCACGAGGAGGUGGACAUGCCCGUCUUCUUCUACAUCGACCCAGAGUUUGACGAGGACCCGAGGAUGGCGCGAGUGGACACCAUCACUCUGUCCUACACCUUCUUUGAGGCCAAAGAGGGUCAGAAGCUUCCUUUGCCGGGAUACAGCUACAACUGACAAUUGAAAAACUCAACCUGGACCUUUGUGUGGGCUUAAAAUAUCAACAGAGCAACAGAAAAGCAGAGAAAAAUAAUCCAAGACUCUUUAUUUUAAAAGGAUACAUUUGCUGUGACAAUUAGUCUAUUGAUCAUUUAAUUACCAACUUUUAAAUUAAUCACCAAAUUUUCUGAUAAUGUUGUGUUUUCAGUCAAAAGUCCAAAUUCAGAUUCCAGUUUCUUAAAUGUCAAUAUUUACUGGUUUCUUUAGUCUUCUGUGACUCAAAAGAAGGAAAAAACUGAAGCUUGACUCUUUAUGCAAAUCCAGUGUCUCUUUUUUUUCAGGAUUUUAUCAUAGAAAUAAAAACCUUUUGUAAAAUAUAAUGUGGCCGGUCAUUGAAAAUUCCCUGAAAACAAAAAGCUAACAUGGAUAUGUACAGUAUAGUGAUCCUAGAAAACAUAAUUUAAUCUCUCUCUCUUAUCACGUGAGGUCAGAAGAUUUUUAGGUUUUAAUAAAAAAUAAAAUGAUUCUUUUGAGAGAGCUGCAAAAAAAACAGUAAACCUGAGUUCUGUGUUUUCAGUCUGAGCAAACAGAAGCUGUGAUGCAUCAGCCACUAAAACAAACACUGACAAACAUGUUUUCAUUAUUAUUUUGCUUAAACAAGACAAAUAUGAACCAUAAUGCGUCUUUUUCAAAGUGCAGUGUCUCUUUUGUUUAGAUUUAAUUCCAGAAACUAAAAUGUGUUUAAAAGCAUUAAAAACAGACACAUUUAUCUCUUUUAUUUUACAGUUAAAAAGGUUUUCAGACUUUAAUAAAAGAUAAAUUAUUAGUUUUUUUUAGGCGUAACAUUUCUAAAAAGAGAACCUGGAUUAUUUUUCUACAUUUCACUUCCAGAUGUUUGUUUUGUUUUUCACGUCGCUCGUGAUCGAAGAGACGAGUCGACCGUCAGGAUGAAACAGAAGAAAUUAAGGAGUCGAUGCUGCGAUGGACAAAAGUUCAGAGAAAGAACUGAUUCAGACUGUCGCUGUGUGUGUGUGAGAGAGAGAGAGCAAAUGUAUAUAAAUCAGAACAUUUAUAAUUUAACAGUUUCUUCUGAUAAACAGUUAUAGUGAAUUCUUCCAAAGACUGAAUAAAUAAAUUAUGACAAAUCAAAGUUGGUCUUCAACUGCUGACCUGGUUUUUUUUUUUAGUCAUGAUCUAUCAUUUCUGUUCACUUUAAUUUGCUGUGUGUAACAAUGAAAAGCAUUAA